AUGGCUGAGCAAUUUGUUCAGUUCUACUACCAGACCUUUGACCAAGACCGCGCUGGUCUGGCCGGCCUCUACCGUGACCACUCUAUGCUCACGUUCGAGACCUCCUCCGUUCAGGGUGUUGCCUCUAUCAUUGAGAAGCUCGGCGCUCUCCCCUUCCAGAAGGUUCAGCACCAGAUUGCCACCUUUGACGCCCAGCCCUCCAGCGCAGACGGCAUUAUCGUGCUGGUCACUGGUGCCCUUCUGGUCGACGAGGAGCAGAAGCCCAUGAACUACACCCAGUGCUUCAAGUUGCAGCCUGAUGGUGCUGGAAGCUACUUCGUUCUCAACGAUAUCUUCCGUCUGGUCUACAGCGCCUAG